AUGGUGGAAGUAUACAAGGUUGUCGCAGUUUUAUUCGCGCUGGUGCUCAUUAUCUUUUGGAUUGGAGACUACAGCUGGCUCUGGACCACCAAGAACACGGUCUUGGAGGUCUACUUUGUUGGUCUUCGCGACUACUACUUCUGGGGCUACUGCAUCUCGCCGGCCAUCAUCUCUCACUUUGUCACCAUCUGGGGCCACUACUACCGCGCUGAUUCGAUCUUCCAGCGAAGCAUCAGCCAGGUCUCCUGGCCGUCCGCCUUGGAGUUGAGCGAACGUGUUGCCAAGAGGUUGAACCAGAUCUCGUUUUGGGAGAAGAAGGAUGGUUACUUUGGGUACACGGUCAAGUACUGGUUCCUGUCGUUCAUUGCCUUUGCGGUCAACAUGGUUUGGUUCAUUCAGCCCAUCUCGCACAACAUCGGCGAGGCACUUGAUGAUCCGGGCGAGGACAGUCCUCUUGCCAUCUGGUCGGUUUACAUUGGAUUCGGAAGUGGCUAUGCAGCAAUGGGAGCCUGUGGCAUGAUCUUGCUUCUGGUCCUACGCCGCUCGAUGCUUCACGCCCUAGGAUUCACCUAUGCCGAUCUCCUGCCCCUCCACCGUGGAAUGGGCUUCGCCAUCAUUUUCUGGUCCACUGUCCAUACUAUCGGAUACAUGAUCCAUAUUGGCCUUGACAACGACUUGGCCGGUCAAAUUAACUUUGACGGCGAGACCAGAGGGCCUCAGAACAUUGUCGGCUUUGUGGCCUUGGCUGCAAUGUUUGCAUUGGGACUGUUGUCGCUUCCCGCAGUCCGUCGCCGCGGCUACUGGUUAUUCAUCGUCUCUCACCGCUGGUUGACCAUCAUCUCCCUUGCCGGUACCCUCAUGCACUAUCCUUACUUCAUGACCUGGUACUACGUCGUCCCCUCGAUGUGUCUCUUCCUCGCCGAUCGCUUCAUCCCCAAGGUUGUCCAGGCCUUCUCUGUCGGUCGUGAUGUGAUCUGUACUUUUGACGAGCACUCGGACAUUCUCACCAUGGUCAUCACCUCCAGGAACCGCUUGGAGCCCCUGAAGCCUUACUACCCUGGCGAUUAUAUCUCCCUGCAGUUGAGAUCCUUGGGAGAGAUCUAUCAUCCCUUUACCAUUGCGUCGUAUUGGCCUGAGGAUCCUUAUUCGAUGACGCUUUACAUCAGGACGUUUGGAGAGAACAAGGACAGCUGGACUGGUCAGUUAGCUGGUCUCUGUGGACAGAGCGGAAAGUCUGUUCUCCUUCCCAUGAAUGUUGAAGGUGUCUUUGGAGACCGUAUGCAUGAUUACCUCUGUGCUGAUGAGAUCGUUAUCUUCGCCGCUGGUGCCGCUAUUACUACUUUCAUGCCAUUAAUUAAGUCGAUUGCUGCCCGCAUCGACGCCGAGGCUGCUUCGGGUGUUCCACAGAAGACUCUCCGUAUGUACUUGAUCUGCACAUUCCGUUACGAGAGCGAGCUCUACUCCUAUGGCGAUUUCUUGCACCAGAUCACCCACGACGUUCGCUUCACGUCCUGGUUGAGAACCUCGAUCCAUGUCUCGCGUGCUGAGAAGAUUCCCCGCGUCAUCACCAACUCCAACAAGGACUGCACCAUCAUCGACACCAAGACCCAGGCCGGCCAGAAAUCGCAGCAUCACAGUGGCGAUAUCAUCCCUCCCACUUCCCCCGUCGAGUCCAUCGCAACUGUCGCCCAGGAUGAACAGCCUCAGCUCCUUGGAGAUGCCAAGAAGUCUGUACCCGGUAAAAUCCUCGUUGACAACCAGCAGCAGCGGUAUCAGGGCCGUAUUUUGCCUACUUUCUUGGCUGCCGACUCUGCACGCGUCUCGACCAUCCAUGCUACCCGCGACUUGCUCAUCACGGCCGCUAUGCUUUUGAUCCCCUUUGCCGCCUACAUUGGAAUUCGCUACACGCCCAUCGAGGGUUACGGCGAGGAUAAGUGGUUCUGGUGCCAGACGACCCGCAUCUAUGACCAGAACAUGACCAACAAAUGCAUGUGGAACUAUACCAUGACCCCCGGAGUUGUCCAGAUCGGUGUUGCCUCAAUCAUUGGAUACAUCCUAAUCUACCUUGGUCGUCGCGCCACCCGUCGUGAGGCCGAUGCCGCCAAGGCCGCUGCGGAUGACGGCGCCACCUCUGGCAACACUCGCGCCUACCUCGAGUCUGUACUCCAUGCCCAGAUCAUGGAAUAUGAUGGCACUAUCCCCUUCCAGCCCUCGCGUUUGGAUGUCGAGAAAUAUAUUGUUGACCUGAUGGCCGAGGAUGUUGGAAUGGGCAAGACCAAGGCUGUGAAGGCUGACUCGGGCAAGAAGGAAAUAGCUGGCAAGACGACGACGGUGUUUGUGGGUGGCCCCGAUGGGUUCUUGGACACUGUUGAGAAGGCCAACAGGAAGGCCAAGUGGUCGGUUGAUUUCCAUCGUGAGACCUGGUCCCCAUGA